AUGGAUUCAGAAAUUUUAGAAAUUAAAUAUUUAAAAGAAGUAAACGAUUUUAGUGAUCUGUUCUAUAAUAAAAACAGUUCAAAAUAUCAGGAUGUCAAAAUCAAUGAUUUUAGUCACUAUCAAGAAAUUGUUUAUGAUUACACAUUUAAAAAUAAUAUACUAAAUAAAAAAAAUAUAACAAAUUUAAUAAAUUGGUUUAUUCAAAAUCCAGAAAUAGAUUUAACACUUAAAAACUAUAUAAAAAAUGAAAUAUUUGUUGGUGGUGGCAUUAUACCAUUAGACGAAUCAUUUGAUAUUUUCAACAUUUUUUUAAAAUCAUCAAUUCCUCCAUCAUUUAAUAGCAAUAAUAAUAAUAAUGAUGAUGAUGAUAGUAACAAUAGUAUUAUUAAUAAUAAUAAUAGUAAUAAUAGCAGUAAUAAUAUUACAAAAUCAAUGAAAUAUUUUUCAGUCGUUUAUUUUUUAAAUUACCAUCACCCUAAAAUGGCACAUUAUAUAUUUGAAGAUUAUUUCAUUGCUUUUACAACAAGUAUUUUCUUUGAUAAAGAUAUAGAAAUAUUUUCUUUAUUAAAAUUUUUAAAUAUUAUGAAAACUGGUAAAAGCUUUUCAAAUUUAUUUUACAAGAUUUUAAUUGAUCCAAGAUUGGAUGGUUUUAUAAAAACAGAAAAAAAGCAACUAUUAAAAGAGAAAGUCCAAAUAUUAUUUAAUUUAGUAGAUAAUAAACAGUUUUUUGAUAAAGUAACAAAUUUAGAAUCAACAUUAAAGAUAAAUAAUAAUCAAGCUGAACUAAUUAGAAUAACAAAGCAAAUAUUAGAAAAUAAAAAAAACAAUGGCGUAAUAAUAUCAAAUAAUAAUAGUAGUGAUUUUGAAUUAAUAAUAGACUACCAAAAAAGAAGAAAUAUCUAUGGUAAUAUUAUUAAUAGUAAUAACAACAACAACAACAAUAAUAAUAAUAUUCAAAAUAAUAUAGAAGAAAUGGAUUUGGAUUAUUAUAAUCAUAAUAUUUAUUUGGAUAAUAUUAUUAUAGGCAAAAUAUUUGAUUAUAUAAUUUACAAUGAAAGUGAAAUUGAAAAAACUCCAAAUAAAUUCUUUUAUGAAAGAGAUAAUAUCCCAAUUGAUAUUUCAUACGGAUUGGUUUCAAAAAGAUUAUUAAAUAUUUUUUCAAAAGUAAUUAGCGGCUAUUCAUUUCCUAUAUUUAAUAAAAUCAACUUCAACAGCGAAUAUUGCAUGGUUAAACAUCCACCACUCUAUUUAAACUACGAGUCUAUAAAAUAUCUACCAACAACCAUUGAAAAUAGUAACAUUAAGCAUUCCUUCAGCAGAGUAGAAGAGUUAUUUAUAAGAUUGGAUAAUAAUCAGCAAAUCGAAAGAAACUAUAUAGACAAUAUAUCAUAUAUAUACAAAACACGUUAUUUAGAAAGAGAUUAUUUAAUAUAUCCACCUCAAAUGCCCAAUUUAAAGAGAUUAGUAAUUUCAAAUUACUAUGGUUAUAAUAAUAUUAGUAAUUCAGGGUUCAUCAAUCGUCCAUAUAAUCAAAUCAAUGCAAAUGAUCUAAUCACACACAUUGUAACCAACGACGAAGGAAAACAUUCAAUCGAAUUCUUUUCAAUUUCAAUAAUAAGAAACUUUCAACACGAUGCAAAUAUACCUUUUAUUUAUGACUUUUCAUUCUUUGACCAUCUUUUAAAAAAUCAUUCAGAAACUUUAAAAAACAUUGAAAUUCAUUUCAGUUUAGAAUUUAUGCCAAGGUCGUGCGAAACCCCAAACUUUUUAGAGAAACACUUUUUCAAAUAUCCAAAUAUCAAAGUAGAUUUUAUUCUUAAUGACGAAUCAGUGCCAUCACCAUUCACCUCAAAAAAUAAAAAAUAUAAAAACUCAACACUGACCCAGGAACAAAUUUUACAAAAUGUUAUUUUUUACAAAUUUUAA